ACGCCAUUCAAAUUGAACUGUUACCUGUGGGUUGGGGUUUUCGUCUUUUCACUGUAUGAAUAUGGUCCUGGUUAACCCACACCACAUAUCCCAAAUAUGAAUUCAGAGGAUCACUUUUGUUGUCGGAGUGAAACGCCAUGGCCUCCACAACCUCACUCGUCGUACCACAAGCUCUCCCUGCGCCCCAAACAGUGCACGCUAGGAAACAUGCGCUCGUGGCGCUCCCGACGCGGAGACACUGCUUGCUACUGUUCACCGCCACGACGGCGUUGAAGGCGAUGGAGGUGCCGGCCAGAGCGCAGGACAUACCGCUGUUCGGCCUGAGGAAAGGGCUGCGUAAGGCGGAGCAGGAGGCGGAAGAGAUUGUGAAGGAAGGUUUCGAGGUAGUGGACAAGGGCAUCGUGGCGGCUGAGAAGGGGAUUGAGGCGGCUGAGAAGGGGAUUGAGGCGGCCGAGAACGGCAUUCAGACGGCGGAAAAGGAGAUCGAGACGGCAGUGAGCUUCGGCGGGCUGGCGCAGGCGGGAGUUGUCGCCGCAGUGGAGGCCCUCGGGGUUUUGAUCGCCACUUCUGUUGUCAAUGGGAUUUUAGGGCCGGAAGCUCAGAAAUCCUGAUACCCCCCCCCCCCCCCCCCCCCGCCCCCCGUGAUUUUGAUGUUUAUAAUAUUCAGUUGGAAUUUGUACGUUGACAAAUUCGGCAAUGGCAGGCUGUGAAAUCUGUACUUCUAAACUUAGAUUAAUGUUGCACUGAAUUCAGUCGUGUGA